AUGUCAAUCGUUAUUGCACUCUUGGUGUUCAUUAUUUUACCGUAUUAUUUAACUGGAAAUGUCGUCGUCUAUACAAGUAAUGGUUACAAAUUAACUAUUGAAAAUAAAGAUGAUAGUUUUUCGAAUGAAACUCGUCAACAUCUCAUAGACACGUAUUUUAAAGUGAUGCCCGAAAUGAACGCCUACUUUGGUCAAAACAAACGAGAUGCUCGUCUCACCAUUGACCCAGGUUAUAAGGGUGCUGCAGUUACAACUGGAUCAAAUAUCGUGUUGAGUGCUGAAUUUAUUCGCAAGUAUCCAGAAAGUUAUGACGCGGUCACCCAUGAAUUUGCUCAUGUUGUUCAAAGUUAUCCAAAAUAUGAUCCAAGUUGGCUUGUUGAAGGUAUUGCUGAUUUUGCACGAUACAAGUGGGGCGUUAAUAAUAAAAAAGGUGGUUGGUCUCUACCGGAUUUUAAGUCAGAUCAAAAAUAUACAGAUGCCUAA